GUGUUUAAUGUGGUAUGGCGUGGACUGUGAAACGAUGAAUUUGUGGCUGAAAUCAUGGAGAACAAUCACAGUUUUUGAGGAAUUUAAUAUCAUUUUGAAGACUAGUCGAAGUAUUCUUUGGCCAAUUGAUCAUUAUGGUGUUAUUUCUACUCUAAAAUGUGUUGUCCUGAUUUCACCUACAAGUUCAUCAUCGUCUGCAUUGUAUGAUAACCAUACAACGGCCUUCAAAUCUGCUGCGGAAAAUAUUCCCAGCGACUUGCCGUUCAUAUCGGCUACUUCAUAUGAGCUAUUGCCCUUUCUCGCAACCACGACACACGGCUUAUACUGCGGACCUAAUUUGGCGUUGAAGUUUUUGCCGGCCUCCGACAGCGCGAAACUCCUCUUGAAAAUUCGUUGUCCGACAGAGAACGUGGGUAUGGAACUCACAUUCGCUGCCAGCAUUUCAAUUCUGCAAUCUUCCUAG